AUGAACAAAUUACGGCAAAGCUUCAGGAGAAAGAAAGAUGUCUAUGUGCCAGAGGCCAGCAGGCCUCACCAGUGGCAGACUGAUGAGGAAGGCGUUCGUACGGGCAAGUGCAGCUUCCCUGUGAAGUACCUGGGGCACGUCGAAGUGGAUGAGUCCAGAGGGAUGCAUAUCUGCGAAGAUGCUGUGAAGAGACUGAAAUCUUCUGGGAAGAAAGCUGUUAAAGCAGUCCUGUGGGUUUCGGCGGAUGGACUCAGAGUUGUAGAUGAGAAAACAAAGGACCUUAUAGUGGAUCAGACAAUAGAGAAGGUUUCUUUCUGCGCUCCGGACAGGAACUUUGACCGGGCGUUCUCGUACAUCUGCCGGGACGGCACGACGAGGCGCUGGAUCUGCCACUGCUUCAUGGCUGUCAAGGACACGGGGGAAAGGUUGAGCCACGCCGUGGGCUGUGCGUUUGCAGCGUGCCUGGAGCGAAAGCAGAAGCGAGAGAAGGAGUGUGGAGUGACUGCCACCUUUGAUGCCAGCAGAACCACAUUCACUAGAGAGGGAUCAUUCAGGGUCACUACAGCUACUGAACAAGCAGAGAGAGAGGAAAGUCUGAGACAGAUGCCGGAUGCUAAAGUUGAAACUGAAGUGAAAACAGUAGCACCAGGUGCUGCACCAAACAAUACUGCCCCCUCUUCUGGCUCACCAACCUCUCCUACUGCUGAAGUUGCUGCCUCUCUGGAUAAGGAAAUGAGCAAUCCCCACGCUAUUCCACGGAGGCAUGCCCCUAUAGAACAGCUUGCCAGGCAAGGGUCUUUCAGGGGCUUCCCUGCCCUUAGCCAAAAGAUGUCUCCUUUUAAACGCCAGUUGUCUUUGCGAAUAAAUGAGCUGCCUUCAACAGUGCAAAGGAAGACUGAUUUCCCCAUGAAAAACUCAGUCCCCGAGGUGGAGGGGGAAACGGACAGCAUUAGUGCCCUGUGCUCUCAGAUCACCAGUGCUUUCAGCACACCAUCAGAGGAUCCUUUCUCUUCAGCCCCCAUGACCAAACCAGUGACAGUAGUCGCGCCGCAGUCUCCCGCCCUUCAAGUUAAUGGCACUGCCUCUGCCUUCUGUGUGCUUGCUGCUAAACCAUCCCAGGCUGCUGUAGUGUCCACAGCUUUGCCAGUUCGUGAAACCAAUCCUUGGGCUCAUGCUCCUGCUGCUAGUACUGGAGCUGCAGCCGUGGUCACUGGCACCGAAUGGAGCGGCACCUCCUCGGGUGCGGCCUCACCAAGUCUCUUCCAAGGAAACCACAGACGUACUCCCUCGGAGGCAGACCGCUGGUUGGAAGAGGUCUCAAAGACUGUCCGAGCCCAGCAGCAGCCAGCCC